CUGGCCUGGCCUGGCCCACCCCGAGGAUGGACCCCAGACACCCUGCUGCUGUUGACCCUGCUGCUGGAGACCCUGCUGAUGGUGAACCCACUAGUGACCCUGCUGGUGGUGACCCCACUGUUGGAGACCCUGCUGGUGGUGACCCCACUGCUGGUGACCCUGCUGCUGGUGACUCUGCUGGUGAUGAGUGCUAUUCUGUGGGCCAAGACAUGUUUGUGCUCCUGCAGACCCUGCAGAUGCUGUGGUCCAAUCGGGAGCUGCAGCAGCUCAAAGAGGAAGCCUGGAGGGGAUUUGCUGCCCUGGACGACCCGCGAGCUAGACUCCUGGAUCUGCUGGACAGUGGCAGGGGCUGGCGGUGGAAGGGCCCCUCCCUGGAGGCCUGGGUCACCUGUGAGCUGCAGCGCUGGCUGCAGGCACAGCCUCCCCCGGGGCCCUCGCAGGGCAGCCUGGAGCUGAAGCAGCUGCAGGCCCGUGCGGUCAGGGUCCUGACCGAGAGUCCCCCCAGUCUUGUGGAGCCGCUGGUCAGCAUCUUCCAGCUGCAGGACACAGACCGAAGCCCCCUGCUGGCCCACGUCAACCGGCUCCACCAGGAGGGCAAGUUCAAGGAAGCUGUCACACUGGGUACGAAGCUGCGGCUCCAGCCAGAGCUGGACGUUGAAAAGAUGAGCACCCCGCUGCUCCUCCAGGACAAGGUGAACCUCGUGGAGCGUUACGUGGAUGGCUUCCCAGGCCUGCAGAGGCGGCUGCUGGCCCUCAUGGACUCCUGGUGCCAGCCCGGCUUCGACAUCAGAGUUGUCGCCAGACAGUACCCGCAGGUGACCUCCCUGAGGCUGGAGAAGCUGAGCCCCCGAGUGCUGGCGCGGCAGGUCCUGCGCCUGCGGGAGCGCUACCGCCUGGACCCAGCAUCCUGCCCCAAUGUGGUCGGCCGGCAGCACCUGGCCGCCCUGAGGUACCUGUGCUACAAGCGGCUGGUGGAGGGAAGCAUGUCUCAGGAGAGCUGGGCCGACCACGUGCGGGGCCUGGUGGGGCCUAGCGAGUGGCUACAGGAGCAGCUGCUGCGGUUGCUGGCCUCUCACAGCAACGUGGCCACGUUCGCCCGGUGUGCCCUGGACCUCUCGCUGCCCGAGGAGCGGCUGCCGGCCACGGUGGCCGCAGAGCUCAGCCGACUCAGGCUCCAGGAGAGGAUGGCCGAGGUGCCCCUCGAGGACACGAAGGACCGUUAUUACCAGCUGCCCAUCGCCAGGGAGAACGUCCACUUCCUGGCCUCGUGGGCGGACCUGGCCAGGCACCAGGAGGAGCUCCUGCAGCCCGGCCAGGUGGUCGGCGUGGACCUGGAGUGGAGGCCCUCCUUCAGCGCAGGGGACCGACCCCAAGCGUCACUCAUGCAGGUGGCCGUGGAGGGCCGCGUGUUCCUGCUGGACCUGCCCGCGCUCUCACAGCCGGCAGACGGGCAGGCGGCCCAGGCGUUCUCAAGGCUGGUGUCCCAGCUGCUCUCCGACCCAUCCAUCACCAAGCUGGGUUAUGGGAUGGCAGGGGACCUGAAGAGCCUGGGGGCCUCCUGCCCCGCCCUGGCCCACGUUCAGAAGCAACUGCAGGGAGGCCUGGACCUGCUGCAGGUGCACAGGCAGAUUCGGGUGGCCAACGUGCCUGCCCCGGGCGUGGAAGGGGCUCGGGAGCCACGGGGCCUCAGCCUCCUGGUGCAGCAGGUGCUGGGCAAGCCCCUGGACAAGACCCAGCAGCUCUCCAACUGGGACCGGCGGCCCCUGGCUGAGGGGCAGCUGCUGUACGCAGCUGCCGAUGUCUACUGCCUGCUGGAGGUGUACUGGGCGCUGUGCAGAGAGCCCGCCCGCUUCCGCCUGUCGCAGGACCUGGCCAGGAGCCCGAGGCCAGGACACAGCCAGAGAUCUGGGGCUCCAGGGCCACCCAGCCCACAGGAGGCCUCGGCCCCGGCCCCACAGGUGCCUGUCGCCACAGGCGGGGACGCGGCCCCCGCGGUCGCAGCCAGGGCCUUCCGGGUGGUGUGUGACAACAUGCUCCAGGGGCUGGCUCGCAGCCUCCGCUGUGUGGGCGCCGACGUGAUCGUCCUGGGCAGCGGCGAGGACCACCGCCGAGCGGCCGAGGUCGCCAGGCAGGAGGGAAGGAUCAUCCUGACGUCGGGGCUGCCGUAUCACAAGCUCCGGGCGCAGGUCGGGGCUGGGCGCUGCCUCUGGGUGGACUGCUCCCUCAAGGCCCCGCAGCAGGCGAAGGCUGUGCUCAGACAUUUCAACGUGCGUGUCACCCAUGCGGACAUCUUCAGCCGCUGCCAGGCCUGCAACUGUGACCAGUACCUGAAGGUUUCCAAGGACCUGAUGAGGCAGCUUGUGCGGCUCAGCAGCCGCCAGGAAGACCCCAGCAGCACAGGUGACGAGACCCAGAGCGAGGAUCCACAGGAGCCAGGCUCAGCCCCAGAGGUGAUGCCUGGGGGCUACACCUAUGACCCCCCUUGCCGCUGGCUGGAGAUGGCAGACCUGCAGGCCAGUGUCCCGGCCACGCUGGGCAAUGGCACCCGGCUGCAGCUGGCGGGGGUCCCGGCGGGCGUGCUACGACGGCCAGGGCUGAAACACUUCUUCUGCUGCGAGGGCUGCGGCAAGGUCUUCUGGGAGGGCUCCCAUCUGGGCCGCGUCACCUCGCAAUUCCACGAGGUCCUGGACGGUGCCCCCGGCUCCCACGAGCCCAGCCCAGCCCCCACCCCCUCCUGAGGGUGCCCUAGGCCCUACUGGCCUGCACUGUGACAAUAAAAGUGGGAAAGGCCCCACCUGCAUGGGCUGGGGCUGUGUAUCAUU